UUAAAGCCAGUUAUUUGUUUCUAGAGAAAUGAGGAAUAUUAUUUUUACUCAGCUCUUUACUUUUGUCAUAUUUCUUAAAUAUGAUGGAACUUUGGGCAUCGGACAAUGAGGCGAAUAGGGGAACGAACCGCUCGGAACGCCGAGGGCCCCCACCAGAAGCAAGUCUAUUUGCGGGACAUGAGGAUGCUCGUUUGAUAUAUGCGAAUGGACAGUAUGUUGGUGCAGUUGUAGAUGGACAGUACGUGAGCGGUGGUGCAGGCACAAUAAGAGUUAAUAGAGGCAGUGCCAGUACGCAAGAGAGUCGUCAAGAGGAACGGGUGGAACCAAAAGUGUCAGAUUUUCUUCCUGAUGCUGCUGAGGUGUUUCGUCCUCCAAAAGGACGUAUUGGAUUCCUUUUUGAUAAAAGGAUUCAUGGACCUGAUGGAAAGGGUAUUGUAGGAGUACGUGCUCCUCAAAAUGGUGAUAUAAUUAUAUCCAACGGAAAACCUGUUGCAAAAUAUAAUGAUGGAUGGAAAGAGAUUAAACUUCCCCAGUAGGCGAAUGCAUUUUCUUGUACAGCAGUACAUUGAAUCAUUUUAUUUAAUUACUAUUCUUAUUAUGUAAAUGUACCUAGAGUGUUUAGUUUUUCCUUAAUUAGGGGUAUUUUCGAGUUUUAUAAUGAUGUUAUUUAAAGUUAUGGGAUUAUAUUGGGACUUAAUAAACAAUCAAGGCGUAACUGUUUUGCACAGUAUACGUAUGAUAUUUUUGGGAUGCUGUGAAAAAAACAUGAGUAGGUUUGAAUUUUAUCACUAAUACAAACUAUUUUAUCAGAAGAUAUAAAUUAUAUAUAUUUUUUAAUAGUU